AUGACAUGCGAUCUGAAUAAUUAGCUACUUAUUGACCAUUAAAAAAUAUCUUUGAAGAAAAUUGGUAAAAAGAAAUAGAUGAUAAUUUUGUUUUACACAGAUAAUUUGGUGUUUAAAAGAAUGAAAGUAUGUAAUCUGGUAAUAACUCGUUAACGUUCAGGUUUAUGUUUGUAGUUUUCUUAAAAGUUGAUCUCGACCAUCAAUCAACAUUUUAAUAUUGUUUUGGUUUAGAGCUUGAGAAAUAUUAGAGGAUAUCAUAAGCAAUAAUGCUUAGUAAUUAUCUCCUUGAACGAGAAAGUUCUCUUUUUACAUUAAAAUAUCAUUUUCAAAUAAAAAAAAAAGUCGUAGUUUGACUUAUCUUAAUUAUUAACAACUAAGGUAAUUAUUUUCAGAAGGUAUUUUAGAUUUAUUCCUGCCAAGUAGAAAACAUCAUUUGGAAUUGGGUCAUUUCCCUCUAUAUGUUUAAUUCUUUAAAUAGGGUUGAAGAAUUCAUGUAACUAUUUGAUAUAAUGAGCAUAAAAGAUCCCUUCAGUAUUUAUUUAGCAAAAUUGUAUCAAUACGAUAAUGGAACACCAUUUUGA